AUGGGCGACAUUCUCACCCAGAUGCAAGAUGAGCUAGACCUGCUUCUCCACCGCAUGUCCACCUCACUACGCUGGAUCCGAGAAAAUGCCCCUCCUAGUGUGCCCCCCGGCCAACAACGUCUCGACACCUUUGCCGAACUCGAAGCCCGCAACGCCGUCGAAUCAAACGCUACGCAAACCGCUACAGCGCCCUCGGCCCUCACCCAAGCCCCCACUGCCGCCCCUAACACUCGCGGCCCCGUUCCCAAAGAAGAGUUUGAGAAGGACAUUAAAGAUUUUGCUCAAGAUGUUGUGUCCAAGGAACAGCAGAUUGAGGAGCUGAUCGCACAUCUCCCUGGCUUAGACUUCAGUGAGAAGGAGCAGGUCGAGCGGAUGAAGGAGUUGGAGCGGCAGCUGGAAGAGCUCGAGGUCGAACGAGUCGAGGCUGUCAAGGAGAGGGAGAGGAUGCUGAAUCUAGUUGAGGGAAAGUUGCGAGGGGUUGGGCGCGCCAAGUGA